UUCGUUUGUUUUGUGGGUUUCAUUUUGAGGUUUUUCCUCUUUCUCUCUCUCUCUGAGUGAAAGCAAAAUCUUCAUUGAGAGAAUGGCCCAGCACUGCGGAUCCAAAUCCCCAUUCUUUUCUGCUUUUCUAAGGCAUCUCAAAAAGCAAAAGAUCACUUUUUGAUUCCCAACCUCUUCUGGGUCGCUCUCUUUUCGCUUCAACAUUAAUGCCUUUCUUCUCCUUCAUCUUUUUCUCCAACGUUUCCACUACCUUCAAACAAUGACUCAUCGGAUGGACUCACAUUUCUUUGCAGGUCUUCAUUACUAUGACAUCAUAUGGAAAUGUCAUGAUCUAGAAUUAUUCCGUCUUCACAAUUUUUUGUCAGAUAAAUUUAUCUGUAGAAUGGAAUUCCCUUGUGGGUCAUGUUUUCAUUCCCUUAAAAAUGAGGAUACUUUAUAAUAUCUUGUGUCAUUGAAAUCUCUGCAUUGUCAUCUAUGGCACUUUUGGGCAUGAGUGCAAACAGGCAAAACAAUGGUUUUAUCCAAGGAUAUCAUUCCCCGAGGGAUCUUGUCUUCAGUGCAGAAGGCAGCACAUGGACCUCAUCUAAUUAUACUGGUGAACGUGAGGAUGACUGUUAUGGACUUGGAUCCUCGCCGUUGUCAUCAACAUGUCAUCUUUUAGGUUACAACAAGGAACUUCUGAAACAGACAAUACUCAAGCAUGAGGCCAUAUUCAGGGACCAAAUUCAUGAGCUUCACCGUAUUUACCAGAAACAAAGAGAAUUAAUGGAUGAAAUUAAAAGGAUCGAGUUACAUAAACAUACUAUAAGGUUGGAGACAUCAUCGUCAAGUUCCUCUUUAUAUUACUCACAAAACUUGCAUGGGUUCACUAGUCAAUCAUCUAUUUUAAAUGCUGAAGGCAUCCAGUUACCAUUGGCUUCUAUGCAAGAAAAGAGCAGGCAAUUACGUCCUACUCCUCUUUCUGCUCCUGCCCCAGCUGCAAUCAUAGAAUCUCCGAAAGAUCCUACACUGUCAGUAUCAGCUUACAGAAAAGUUGGUAAGAAAAUAUUGGAUCUUCAACUUCCAGCUGAUGUAUACAUUGAUAGUGAAUCUUGUGAAAAUGAAAGGGUUAUCAAAGAGCUUGCACUGUCAACUUAUACUUUAAAUGGAAUUUCUAAGGCUGUUUAUAACACUGUUGAGAAACCAUUUAACUUUAAUGGUUUUUCUGACUUAAAUGUGCCAUUUAAGCUUGAAGAAGAGACAGGUGUGAAGUCUGAUGAUUUUGGUGCGUCAAUCCAUCACAAAAACUAUACCUUUCAUGAUAUGACCAGGAGAAUUAGACCGGGUUCUCAUAGUUUUCCCAAUGAUGUGAUCCAGAAUUUGGAAAGAAAACAGGAUCUCCAAGCUUGUUCAGAUCCCCCACUACUAAACCAGGGGACAAAACAUGGACGGCUGACCUUGGGUACUGGUUCUGGGAAAAACUGUAGUGACUUGGGUUCCCUUGCUAUAUUUAAUGAUACAGAAAGCCAAUUUGUUUCAAUUGAAUCCAUAAGUAAGAAGCUGAAACAAGUUAACAACUCUUCAUGUUUUCAUUCCACACAUCAAAUUGUCCCGGGACUGAGAACGGAUAGGGAUAGCUUUACUGGAACGCAUAAUCCCACCAGUGGUGUCUGGCUUGGACCAAGCUAUUCUUCAUGCCCAUGUUCUUCACAUCAGCUUGUUUCUGAGUCUGACCUGAAAAGUUCUAGGAUUUCACCAUCAGUCUUAUGGAAAAGUAUUGCAUCUGGCUCUAAUUCAGAUUCUCAAAACUGUCUUCACAGCAAAUUUUGCAACAGGUCCAAUCUGUUGGGUCCACCAUCAAUUAAUGCCGAUGAUCCAAACUACUGUGAUAAUCGUGGUCCAUCGUCAGCUGGCCAGGAGCUUUGGAAGUAUGUUAAGGAUUCAGAAUAUGCGGAGACUGUCGGCAUAAACCUGAAUGUUAUGCCUGUUGGUUCUUCUGAAACAAAAACUGCAGAAUUUCAAAGCAUUCGGAUUACAGGUGAAUAUGAUAAAUUUCAGGAUUCAAGGUUGUCUUGGCUUAAAGAAAAGCCUGUACCCAAGGUCAACCCCACUGAUGAAUGUCAAGCCUCAACCCUUAUUGAUUCUUCCUUUCUGAAUCCUUUGGAGUUGAAUAAGGUUCAGAAAAGUGACCUGUUUAGAGACAGGACUCUUGCAUUUGACCUUAAUGGAAAACCUCAGACACCCAAAGUCGUCCAGAGCCUGUCCACAGAUCAUAGGAUUGAAGAAAUUAAUAAGAUAUCCAAUGUAAAUUUUCCUUCUGAUGGUUAUCCUGACAUGGGCGAACAAGCAUCUGUCAGUGAAUACAUGAAGAAUGAAAAGAAGCACAAGCAUUCAUCAGAUAUUCUUGACCUAAAUUCAUGCACAAAUGAAGAUGAAAAUAUGCCAAUUGAUAUUGAUUUACAAGCUCCUUCAAGUCCGGAAAACAAGGAAUGUUCUCCACCCAGAGGAGAAUCUGAUGAAAACCAGUUUGAGAUGUUGCCAUUGGCAGGGCAGGAGCAGGAGGUUCCAGAAGCACGAGAAGAGCAAACCAGAAUUGCAGCCAAGGCUUUGAUUUCCAUAUCAGAAGCUUUGACCUAUGAUGGUAUCCAAAUAACAAAUUGCCCAUCAUCUGAACCUUCUAUAACUGGUUCUCUCCACUGGUUUGCUGGAAUUGUUUCUACAGUAGUCAAUCAUCCAGAGUAUGAGGUUAAGGAGGAUUUGAAUUGUGCCAUUAAGGAUCUUGAGGACUUUCUGCCUGCUGACUUUGAUUACUUUGAGUUCAUGUCCUUAAAUUUGUCUGACACCAAGGACCUAGAUUAUUGCCACUACAAGAGUAGUGGCCAAAAUGAGCAAGAAGGUGUAUCUACUUCACCAAGUCAACCAAGAAAGUGCCGAACAAACAGGAGGAGGCGGGGGAAUGACUUCCAAAGUGACAUUCUCCCAAGCCUUGCUUCUUUGUCUCGGUAUGAGGUGACCGAAGAUCUUCAAACCAUUGGAGGUCUCGUGGAAGCUGCCAGAAGAACUCCCUCAGCAUCAGGCUGUCUUAGAAGUGCAGGCAGAAAUGUAGUAGCACGGGGUAAGAGAAGGUCUUGUGGUUCAUCCUCUAACAUCACAGACUUGCUUUUGAACUUGAAGGAACUAGAUAUUGACACUGAAAUUGCCAUUGAGAAAAUGGGGUACAUAAGCUGGGGAAAGAUUUGUAGAAAGCCAAGGGGAAAGAGAUUUCCUUCCAGUAAAUCCCACUUAAUAUUUAGCCAAGUACAUAACUAAUUCCAAAGUUAAGUUCAUGGACUUUUGGAUGAGGUUUCUAUGAACUAUAGUAUCCUCUUGUAAAUGUCGUCAUAGACACUUCAUAGUAUAUGAGAUUAUGUUAGAAGAAUAGAAAAGGAACCCAUAUGUAUGUUCAAGUUGCUUAUUGGAAUCAAAUUCAUUCUCUCCUGUAUUGGGGAUGCAAUGACUUCUACUUAUUUGUUUGUUGUAUUUUGGAUCUUUUCCCUCCUUCAUGUCAAGCAAAUAUAUAAACAGGAAACAUCAUUCUAAGACA